AGCAAACCGCUUGCGCAGUGGCCAGCGAGGGCGCCCCGCCUUUUCGUUCCUCCCCUCGGCGGGGCCGGUGCCGGUUUACGUAACGCCUCUUCUGGCGAAUUCCGGCUUGGUCCCGCCGCCUGACUUGGGACGGGUCGCCAGAAGCCCCGGCAGAUCCGUUUCUUCGUCCUUGGAUGGUUCGGCACUGCGGUGCUGAACUGCAAGAGGGUGUAGAAGAUCCAGAGACUUUGCUGUGAGAAGCGCUGCUUUUGAGUGGGCAUCUUUCUUGGCUGCUGCAGGUCCUGCUGGGGAUUUACAUCUGGCUUCAAUGUGAAAUUAAGGUAGAAAAAUGCACAUAAACAUGUGUUUCCUGUUAAGAUUUAGUAUACUCUGGUUAUGCCUGAAGAGUGGGUCUUGUCUUUAGACUGUUAACUGCCAGCAAAUAUAAAUGAUGAUCCUAUAGAUGUCAAGCGUGUCUCCUCAGUACUGGAGUGAAAAUACCCACUUCCAGGUUCCCACGGAAUAUCAUCUACAGAAAAUGCUUCAUGUUCUAAGGAUGAAAGCCACCUAGAUUCAUGCACCUAGUCUAUACAGUUGUUGUGGAUGGUUUGCCAUCUGAAAGCUCCUCAAGCUCCUGUCUGGGUCCUGUAUCUGUUUCAGAAAUGUCUCUGCUUCAGGCCUUGGGCCCUGUGCAGACCUGGCUGGGACAAGAGCUAGAAAAAUGUGGCAUUGAUGCCAUGAUUUAUACUCGCUAUGUCCUCAGUCUUCUGCUGCAUGAUAAUUAUGACUACGAUCUGCAGGAACAGGAGAAUGACAUCUUCCUGGGCUGGGAAAAGGGAGCUUACAAGAAAUGGGGGAAAAGUAAGAAAAAGUGCUCUGAUCUUACACUAGAAGAAAUGAAGAAACAGGCUGCUGUUCAAUGUCUUCGCUCUGCUUCUGAUGAAAGUUCUGGGAUUGAGACAUUAGUUGAGGAACUUUGUUCCAGGCUAAAAGAUCUCCAGAGCGAACAAGCAGAGGAGAAGAUUUCAAAAAGACUUGAGGACUCUUUGCCUUCUGAAAUAGAUUUAUCUCCUGCAGCAAAAGAUCAAGUAGAAAUGUAUUAUGAGGCUUUUCCACCUCUUUCCCAGAAACCAGUUUGCCUACAAGAAAUCAUGACUGUGUGGAAUAAAUCCAAAAUGUGUUCUUACUCCAGUACCUCCUCAUCUUCCACUGUCCCAGCAACUAGCACCGAUACAUCAUCUCCAAAGGAUUGCAUUAGUGAAAAUGAAGCAUCCAAAGAGAGAAAUAGUAACAAAGCAUCUGUACCUAUACAGGAGAGAGCCACAGAAAAGAAUGACAAAGAUGAAAAAGAGAAUAAGUUUGGAAACCGUAUUGAAGGAAAAUCUGUUUCAUACAAAAAGCAAGUCCGGCAUAAAUCUGAGGGGAAGAUACGUCUUCGAUCCUGGUCUUCUGGUUCCAGUGAAGAAGGUUCAAAUUCUAGUGGCAAUCAUGGUGAAUUAAAAGCAGCUACAAAAUAUGUAAAAAUAAGGCAUAAAACAAGGGAGGCUCGGGGUAAAAAAGGAUGGAAUGGACAAAGUAAGUAUUUGCCAAAAGCUGGUGAAAAAACUGAAAGGAAAAUUCCUGGCAGCAGCAAUGGAUCCAUCAAGCAACUAUGUAAAAGAGGUAAACGGCCAUUAAAAGAAAUUAGACGAAAAGAAGGUGGAAACCACGAGAGAAAAGAGCUAUAUUUUGAUAGCAGGAAUGAAACUGAGUAUAAGGAGGAGCCUCUGUGGUAUACUGAGCCAAUUGCAGAAUAUUUUGUUCCCCUGAGUAGAAAAAGUAAGCUUGAGACGACAUACCGCAACAAGCAAGAUGUAUGUGAUGCAACAUCAGAGGUUGUAGAAGAAUUAGCUGAAUCAGUGCAAGGUCUUUGCAUUAGUAACAACAAUAAUAUUAAUAAAACAUACCUCGCAGCAGGUACUUUCAUUGAUGGUCAUUUUGUGGAAAUGCCUGCAGUUUUAAAUGAGGAUAUCGGCCUCACUAGGACCUCAAUAUGUUCUCCACCAGAGGACGAUAUACAUUUAGAUGGUGUACAUCUGUCAGAACUAACACACUUCUAUGAAGUGGAUAUUGAUCAAUCCAUGUUGGAUUCUGGUGCCUCAGGCAAGAUGCAAGGAGAAAGUCGGAUUUUGAAUAUGAUUCGGCAGAAAAGCAGAGAAGGAACUGAUUUUGAGGCAGAAUGUUGCAUAGUGUUUGAUGGAAUGGAAUUGAAAGGGGAAAGUGCAAUAUGGGCAGAUUCGGCCACUUCUGGUGCUGAAGGGUGGUUCUUGCAAGAUCUUAGUAAUUUAGCUCAAUUUUGGGAGUGCUGUUCAUCUUCUAGCUCUGGCGAUGCAGAUGGGGAAAGUUUUGGAGGAGAUUCUCCUGUUAGACUUUCCCCUACCUUAGACAGCACAAUGCUUAAUUCAUACAUGCUUGCAGGCAAUCAAGAGCUGUUUUCAGAUACUAAUGAAGGAUCUGGUUUAAAUUCUUUUUCAGUGUUUGAAGUGCAAUGCAGUAAUUCUGUCUUACCAUUUUCUUUUGAAAAACUAAAUUUGGGAAAUGAAAAUACAGAUUCUAGUAGCAAUGUUGGUAUGUUUGGGAAAACACAGUCAAGAUUGUUAAUAUGGACCAAAAAUAGUGCCUUUGAUGAAAAUGAACACUGUUCUAAUCUGUCAACAAGAACUUGUAGUCCAUGGUCAUAUUCUGAAGAAACACGUUCAGACAAUGAGACUUUAAAUAUUCCAUUUGAAGAAUCCCCUCAAUUUAACUCUGAUGAUAUUAAUUAUAUAGUUCCUAGGGUAUCUUCAAGUUAUAUAGAUGAGGAAAUUGUAGAUUUUUUGCAGGAGGAAACCUGCCAAGAACAGACGAGAUCUUUAGGAGAAAUACCUACUUUAAUUUUCACAAAGAAGUCAAAAUUAGAAUCUCUCUGUGGUAUUCAGUUAGAACAAAAAACAGAAGAUAAAGAAUAUGAGACUCCACAAGUAUGUAGCGACAGUAGUCCGCCUGAAGAUGACUAUGGCUCGGGAGUUAUGAAAGAUAUCUGGACAAAUAUGACAGAUGAAAAUUCUGCAGCAAUUGUAGAAAUAGAAGGAAUAGAAGAGGAACUGUUUCCAACUGAUGUAAAUCAUUAUUGUUGCUGCUUAAAUGAUGCAAAGGUAGAAAUUCUUCAAGGUCCAAACAAAGCAGUGCAAAGAUCAGAAUACCAUCUUUGGGAAGGUCAGAAAGAAAAUUUAGAGAAAAGAGGCUUUGCUUCAACCAAUUUAUCAAAAGUAGAUUGUGGAGAUUAUACUACACCCUCCAAAUCGUGGGAUGUUAACCAAGAUAAAGAAAAUUCAUUUAUUCUUGGUGGUGUGUACGGGGAACUGAAAACAUUCAACAGUGAUGCAGAAUGGGCCAUAGUGCCCCCAAAUCACCCAAAAGGAAACUUACUACAGUGUGCAGCUUCUGAUGUAGUCACAAUAGCUGGUACAGAUGUCUUCAUGACACCAGGAAAUAGCUUUACUCCUGGUCACAGACAAUUAUGGAGACCUUUCGUAUCAUUUGAGCAGAGUGAGCAUUUGAAAUGUGAUCAUGGAUUAAAUAGAGGUUUUUCUUUUAUCUUCCACGAAGACUUGUUAGAAGCUUGCAGUAAUUUUCAAGGUGAAGAGUCUGGUCUUGAAUAUUCUUUCUCUUCCUUUGAUUUAAAUAAUCCAUUUUCACAAGUUCUUCAUGUCGAAUGUACAUUUGAACCAGAAGGAAUUACGUCCUUCAGCCCUUGCUUUAAACCCAAAUCAAUCCUUUGCUCUGAUUCUGACAGAGAUGCUUUUCGCCCUAGAAUAUGUGGUGCUGGGAGGACGCAGUACAGAGCAAUACGGAUUUCUCCUAGGACUCACUUUCGCCCCAUUUCUGCCUCUGAACUUUCUCCAUGUGGUGGAAGUGAAUCUGACUUUGAAUCUGAGAAAGAUGAGGGGACUAGUCUUGUCUCUGCUCAAGCUGAAUCCUUUGAUGAUCCACAAGCAGAUCUCAAACCACUGGAAGAGGAUGCAGAAAAAGAAGGACAUUAUUAUGGUAAAUUAGAACUUGAGUCUGGGAAGUUCUUUCCUACAUUAAAAAAGUGCGGGAUGGAAAAGAGUGCGCAGACAUCUCUGGAUUCCCAGGAAGAAUCAUCUGGAAUAUUGCUGGUAGAAAAUGAGAGUUCUUGCUUAGAAUGCGGCAUGAAAGAUGUGCAAGAUACAAUGGCUGUGAAAAAUUCUGAAGCUAGCUGCACUGUUGUGGAGCCACAAGAAGAGGAAGACAAGUCUUGCAGUUGUAAAGAAAGCUCAUCGGUGCAACUGAAAGAGUUUCCUGUAUUGAGUAAUGAUCUUCAGAAAAUAAGCUACAAUCAAGCAAAACAGUGCUGGUGGGAGAAAGCUCUUUAUACUCCACUCUUUCCUACAUCACAGUAUGAAGACCCCUUACAGGUACUCUGCUUCUGGACUCCAGGCAUGCAUGUGCACCAGGAACCCCAUUGCUGUAACUGGGGAUUAAAAGACAAGGCACCUCACAUAGAAUCAGAAAUGGUUGAUGUUGGAACAGAACAGCUGUUGGACAAAGAGUUCCGGUGCGAUUCCCUACAUUUGACGAGUAACCAGGCAGACAUUCAACAUACACAGAAGAAAGGAUAUUCUUCUCACAGCUUGUCAUGUAGACAACAAGGAAAAUCUACAGCUUCAGCAGCUGCCAAAUGCUAUACAAAUAUCAAGAGGGAGAACAGUGAUGAAGAAUUCACAGAUAUGAAAGAAUUACUACACAGUGAAGAGCAUCUUCAAGAUUUUAAUAUGAUUUCUUCCAUGCAUGAAGCAAGGUGUGCAGAUCCUAGAGAUUCUGAAAUAAAAUCAAAUGGCUUUAGAAAGAAGUUAUACUCCAGUGACAGUGACAGUUCUGAAGGUGCAGCAUCAGAAGGUGGAAAUGGAUGGACAGAUCCUUGUGAAGAAGAGCUUUUUUCUCGAACUCACUUAUAAAGUUAUAGAAUAAAAGGAUGGCUUGAAGAAUAACAUGAGGUGGCAAACUCUUCCAGAAGGCUCGUAACUCAGCAACAAAUUGAGUUCUUCCUUCAUAUAAUGGAUUCAGAAGUGUAUUUAUCUUUCUCUUCUUGGUAUUUUAUUUUUAAUAGUGGGUUACGGCCCCGCUAGAAGCUUUUUUUCCCCUUUUUCUCCAAACUAUUAGCUCCUUGGCUAUUUGGACCUAGAGUAGAUUGUGUUGUCAAAUCAAGAAUGGAUGUGCAUGUGAUUGUCUUAAUAGUAUCACUGCUCUUUUGCAUCCUAGUUGCAGUUAUUUUUAUUUUCAACUGCAGCUGUAUCAGUAUUACUAUCCUACUAGCAUUGCAGUGUCUACAACUAUUCAGAGAUUUUAUCUUUUAGCACAUUUAGGCUUUUAAGAUUUGGGAGAUAAAUACUUAACACUGUAAUCCAGUGUUUCCCAAUCUUGACAAUUUUAGGGCAUGUGGACUUCAACUCCCAGAAUUCCACAGCCAGCUUUGCUGGCUGUGGAAUUCUUGGAGUUGAAGUCCACAUGCCUUAAAAUUGUCAAGAUUGGGAAACACUGCUGUAAUCUAUCAGUGCCUUUCUGAAUGUGAGAGGAAAGCAUGUAUGGCUUGUCCUGUCUUUUAAGCUCUUACAACUUGGGAUUAGAAAUACUAGGGCUGAGCUUUAGAGACUUUCAGAAACUGUACUUUCAAUUCUAGAAUCUCUUCUCCUAACAUGCAUAGAAACAGAGUUGGAACAAUUGUUUGUUACUAACUGAGAAAGCUGCGCGUUUUUGCAGGGAUAAGGAGGAAGAAAAAUGACCAUUCCCCCUUUCCCCCUCUUGUUUUCAGGGCUUAGUAUUUUCUUCUUUUUCAGGACUCAGUGUUGAAAAGUAGAUGAUUCAACAAGUGACACUACAGCCUGAACCAAGCACACUUACUUCAUACUUGUAAGUGUACUUAGGAUUGCAUUGUCGGGAAAUUAUGGAACAGUGAACUUCGUAAAGAGCUUCAUAUAGUUGGCCUGAACAACAAAAGAAAUCUUAAGAGUCAAUGUUGAAUAUUUUUUAUGCAGAGAAUUAAUAUAUCACUCAAAUCCAAUGGCUCCUGCAGUUAGCUACUAUUAUAGCUGUAAUUUAGUAAAAUUUGUAGCUAACUUCGUGUCCUGAGAGAAUGUUAGAAGUAAGUUGUGUGUUGUGGGAGGGAAUGGGAACAUGAUUUACAUGUGUGAUUGCAGUAGUGAUUGUUGCUUUAUGUGACCUGUUCUUAACAUUUAUUUUAACAUAGUCAAUGCAUUGUCAAAAUGUAACUGUGCAAGACUAUCAACUCCCUGUGCUAAUAAUGUAUUAUGCAAAUCAUGUCAGGAGGAGCAAUAUUGGUUUAUACCAUUUCAUAGUUUUAAAAAACUAUACAAUAGCAGCAUGUUUAAGACACCAGAAAGAACAGAAAGCUUACUGUUGACUUGAAAAUGCUAAGCCAUUAAUUUUAAUAGGCAAGAAACUUGUUAACAAUUAUAGUUGUUUCAAAUGGUAAGCUGAACUGGCUUUAAAUUUUUAUUCUGUGCUAGUGAGCUUAAUUGAAUUGAAUGAAGUUUUUUGCCUUUUUUUUAAUUGAUAGUACAAGAUUUAAGAUCUAGGGUACGGGUUGUAUCUCAUCCUUUCAGUUGAAACUUCCAACUCCAUUGGCUUGGUUUGUACCUUCCAGGGAAAUGUCAUUAAUAACAUUAAUAAUGGCUUUUAAGCUACUUUAUUUUAGCAUCCAUACUACAAAUCUUUACGGUGGUUUUUUUUUCUUAUUUGAAAUUUUGGAUAUGUGUUUAAAUAUUUACUUUCUUCUGGAGCUUCCUUUAAAAUGUUAUAUAGGCACAUGCACUAAGGAUAUUAUUGUCAGUAUGAAAGCAAAGAACAAAACUGAUAAAUCUUAGUGGUUAAUGUAAAGAAUUAUUGUUAGAAAUAUGAAAAGCCAAAUGGGAAUAUUUGGGGAGGGAAGAACUCACACUUCAAAAAUUCAGCUUAUUUGGACUUUUAUCUCAGUGAAAGGAUGGCUCAUUUUAUUAUGAUUCAAUAUUCUAACACCUUUGAAAAUGUGUAUGUUACAUGUGUGGGCAAUAACAAAUAAUAUUUAUUUGUUUCAUAACUGAAUGGGUAAAAUUCUGAAGCUUUUCAGUGAGAAAGUGGAUGUGUGAGUUCGUGUUUCUGUUUUCUGCAAGGAUAAUUUAAAAGUGGAAAUGCUGAAAUGCACUGUGGUAUGAAGCACAUUGCAUAUCCAUAGCACUGAAGUAUCAGUUUUUCAUUCCUGGGCUGAACUUGUUUCUACCUUUUCGCUUCAAGUGGUGUAUCGUUCUGAUUUCACAUACAUCAGAGUAACUGAAUUUGUUUUUUUGUGGAGUUACUUAACACCAAAUAAAAAAAAUAAAAAAAUAA